ACAGCUGUUUGGUUAAAAUCAAGAUUGAAUAAGAAUUCUAAAGAACUUUAAUUUUUAGCAAGUAUUUUUAUUGUAGCAUUACUACUUAUACACAUUUGAUUGGUCUUUUUAUUAUUUGUUUGAAUUAAUACUAGAAUAAUAUACGGGAGACACGAUAUAAUAGACAUACACUGAUGUGUCCACAUAUAUAUAUAUAUCUAGUUGUUUACGUUUCGUUAAUCGGUAACUUUAACCUCCUUUUUAUCGAGUAUUUUCGUCGAUUUUUACACUAUGAGUAAUGAUUUUAAAUUGAUUCCUUAUACAAUAGAAAAUAUAGUAAAAUAUCACGUACACAACAUGAAGAAAGAUGCGAUUAAUGAAAAUGAAACAUAUAAGAAUCCAGAAUGUAAAUAAACGUGAAUAAUAAUAUAAAACUAUUUAUUUACCAUUUGCCACAUGUGACAGACCAAACUGUGAUACCAAAAUGAUCUCACAUGUAAUGACCCUUGCUAAUGGCAUUAUUGGUGUUAGCGUUUUAGCUAUGCCAUUUUGCUUUAAGCAGUGUGGCAUUAUUUUAGCUACUUUAGUUCUUAUACUAAGUAGUAUCCUCUCCAGAUUAUCAUGUUACUUCCUCAUAAAGUCUGCUGUCAUGUCUCGUCGAAGGAACUUUGAAUUUUUAGCAUUCCAUGCUUUUGGCUUCAUGGGCAAAUUUUUGGUUGAGCUGAGUGUGAUUGGAUUCUUGUUGGGAACUUGCAUUGCAUUUUUUGUUGUUGUUGGAGAUUUAGGACCACAAAUUAUUGGAGUAAUGAUUGGAAAACAACCUGAAGAUAUAAGAACUAGUUUGUUGAUAACAACCGGGUUUUUCAUUGUUUUACCAUUAGGUUUGCUAAGAAAUAUUGACAGUUUGGCUAGUGUUAGUACUGCUUCUAUUGGAUUUUACAUAUUUUUGGUUUUAAGGGUGAUAAUAGAAUCAACUCACCAUAUUUUUGCUGGAGACUGGCUGAAUAAAGUUCACUACUGGAGGCCUGCAGGCAUUCUCCAAUGCUUACCUAUUUUUGCUUUAUCUCUUUUUUGUCAAACACAGCUAUUUGAAAUUUAUGAAGUUGUUCCUAAUGUUAGUUUAGAGAAAAUGAAUGAAAUUGUUCGUGGAGCAUUGAACAUGUGUACUACAGUUUAUUUUUGUGUUGGUUUUUUUGGUUACAUAGCUUUUAGUACACAGCCAUUUACAGGAAAUAUUUUGAUGAGUUUUGAACCAAGUUUGUCAUCUGAAAUAAUAAAAAUAGGUUUUGUACUAUCAGUAGCUUUUAGUUUUCCACUAGUCAUUUUUCCCUGUAGAGCCAGUCUUAAUUCUUUACUUUUUAGAAGAGCAUAUACCCAUGAAACAUCAACCGCAUAUAUAUCUGAAACAAGAUUCAGAUGUCUUACAAUUUUUAUUGUUACCAUUGCUCUUAUUAUUGGAAUUUUGAUUCCAAAUAUUGAAUUUGUAUUAGGUAUUGUUGGAUCAACAAUAGGUGUCAUUAUAUGUCUUAUAUUUCCUGCUGCAUUUUUCAUAACUAUUAGUACAAAAAAUACAAAUGAAAGAUUGCUUGCUCAGUUUCUCAUUAUUGUUGGAAUAUGGAUUUUGGUACUUGGAACGUAUGCAAAUUUGUAUGCCAUGGAACAGUCAACAGCUAAAGUUACUAUGACAACUGCAAAAUUUCCUAGUCAACUAAAUGAAAUUCCCAAAGUGUUAAUUGACAAUGAAAUCUUUAAAAAACAUGAUGAACCAAAAGAGUUAGAUGGUCUGCAAGUUAAAAAAGAUGACAUUGAAAUUUUAAAGCCAAAAGUUCCUGACAAAAUUCCAGAUAGUAAAAAUGUACGACAAGAGCCACCUGUUCCUAUAGAAAAUAUAAGACAAGAACCACCUGUACCUGUAGAAAGAUUACCUGGUGAUGAAAAACCAAAAGAGGAGAUCAAGGACAAAAUUAUCAUAGAGCCAGAGCCACCUGAAGUUCCAAAAGUUGAAAAAGAUGCAGAUAACAAACUCAUUGAAGAGGCAAAAGUAGCUUACGAUUUAUUAAAGAAAAUUAAAAGUACUAAUAAUAUACCGGAUGUGAUAGAGGAAGCAAACAUACUACCUGGUAAAACAGAUGAAAAAAUUAAUGUUGCUCAAAAAAAUGAUGUAAUAGCUGUUGACGCAAUAAAAAAAGAAGAAUCUGAAUUAGCUGCUGAUAAGGAAAUAUCAAAUGUAGAAACUGUACUAAAAAAGGAGCAGCUUAAAAGAACUUUAGAAGAACAUAUUAUGGAACUGAUGCAGGAACAAAAAGAACUUUUAAAAGAUAUUGAACAAAUAAAGAAAGAGAGAGAAUUAUCUGAAAAGAAUGAAAUAGAAAAACAAAGUAAUCAAUUGAACUUGGUACCAGAGAAUGGAAGGAAAGAUGAUCCUAAUAAUGUAGCACAGAAACAGAAUCUCGUAAAUGCAAUCAAAUCUAAAGUUGUCGUCCAUAACAUAGAAUCACAGAAAGAUACUGAAAUUAAAGGACAAGAAAAUGAAUACAGUAUGAAUGUGUCUCAUCAUAAAGGACAAUCGGUUAUUCAGGGUAAUAAUGAAGGCACUAAAAUCGAUAACUUAAAUAAGCAAAAUAAGUAUUUUAAUGAAAACAAAGAAACUCUCAUGAGAAAACCAGUUAUCUCUUCAAAUUCAAAUAAAUCAAUUGUCGACAAGCACAUUAAAAAAUCUGAGGAUCAUAUUAUCAAAGCAUUAACUAAACAAUCCAAUAAGUUGUCGAAUGGAAAUGAAACUAUUGAAAUUAAUAAAUUAGAUAAACCACAUGAUAGAGAGGAGAGAAAAAAUGGAAAAGAAAAAGACAAAAAAAUUUAUAUGAAUCCAAUACCAAUUCUUUUAAAAAUGAACAUUACUAAACAAAUAAAUGAUAAUGAAAGUCAUUCCAAUAAUGCAUUUCCAAAACGAGACAUUCUGGAGGAACAUUUAAGAGAAAAAAGAGAAGCUGAAGAAGAUACAUCAAACAUAUCAAAUAAAGUCAUCAAUGAAACAAGUGAACAUAAAAGUAAUUUAAUUGUACAAAAUAAUAUAAAGAAUGAAAAUGAUACUUGUGAGAAAAAAAUUAAUAUAUCUGUAGCUGAAAGUACAGGAGAAAGGAUAAAAGUUAAGGAGAAAAAUUCAGACAAAGGUGCAGAAAGUUUAAUAAAACCAAGUGUUCAUUUAUCUCAACAAGAUGCUAUAGAAAAACUUUCUAUUAAUUCUGAAAUUCAUGUUAAUGAUAACUUUGUUAAAGUGAAAAAAAGAGAUUUAAAAGCACUGCAAUUUAAUGAUGAUGCUGAUGAUAAAGAAAACUGAUUAUUAUUAUGUAUGCUCAUAGAACUUGAAUAAUUUAAAAAAUUUUCCGAAUUUAAUUAGGACCAAUUUAAGUUUAAUUCUAACAGUUUUUAUGAAAAGUAUUAUUGGAUUAAUUAAUAUUAUUCUACAAAAAAAAUCGAUAGAUUGUAAGAAUAUGUAAAUAAUGAAUUUUGAAUAUAAUAAUUAUUGUGAAUAUGAUAAUAUACGUAUACUAGAAUGAACAAAAAUGCAUUGUAAACUGAUAUUUUUUGUCACGAA